GGCCCACAAGUUAGAUGAAAACGAAAGAAAAAGUGGUGGGAAAUUGGAAAAGGAUUCAGCAACUACAUCUAGACCAAGAUGUGAGCAAGAAGGCAAAGCAAGAAAACUGUGGCGCUCUAUUCCUCGUUUCUUGGGGUCAUCUCAUCUCAUCUCUUCCUGCUUCUCUGUAAAUCACUACCACAGUUUAAACUUCGCUCAAAAGCGAAGAAUAAUAGUGAAUCUUUAUCCUGCUGCUCAAAUAUUGGAUUGCAUUGAAUAACAACUACAUCAACAAUCGGGGAAAAGAGAAGAAGGGCUGGCCGUAGCAGAGCAACAUUAUGGGCAUACUGUACGACGACGUUGUAAUUAUCCGGCCGCCGGAGAAGGAAGGUGACCCGAGCGUGAUUACUGUGAAUUGUCCUGAUAAGACUGGCCUGGGCUGUGAUUUGUGUCGCAUCAUACUCUUCUUCGGUUUGAGCAUUGUCAAAGGAGACGUAUCAACAGAUGGGAAAUGGUGUUAUAUAGUUUUCUGGGUGAUUGGGAAACCUAAGACGAGAUGGAGUUUGUUAAAGAAGAGGCUAAUUGAGGUGUGCCCAUCUUGUUCUUCCGCUUCUGGGAUUUCUUAUUACCGCUCUGACUUGCAGCCUCCGAAGCCUCCCGAUGUGUUCCUUUUGAAGUUUAGUUGCCAUGAUCGUAAAGGUCUUUUACAUGAUGUUACCGAGGUUCUUUGUGAGCAAGAGCUUACCAUCAAGAAAGUGAAGGUAUCUACAACACCUGAUGGAAAAGUUAUGGAUCUGUUUUUCAUCACAGACACCAGGGAGCUUCUACAUACAAAGAAGAGGAGGGAUGACGCAAUCGAACACUUAACAGCUAUAUUAGGGGAUGCCAUAAUCACUAUUGAUAUUGAACUAGUUGGCCCAGAAAUUGCUGCAUGUUCUCAAGCAUCUUCUUUUCUUCCAAUUGCAAUCACAGUGGACGCCUUUGAUUUGGAAUUGUCUGAUUCAGUUCGGAGUGGAUUUCUCUCUUCAGAGAAAGUUGCUGUUAAAAUGGAUAACUUGCUGAGUCCAGCUCAUACGCUUGUCCAAAUUAUGUGCCAAGAUCACAAAGGUCUUCUUUAUGACAUCAUGAGAACUCUGAAGGACUACAAUAUUCAGAUUUCGUAUGGGCGCUUCUCUCAGAAACCUAGAGGAAAAUGUGAGGUUGACUUGUUCAUCAUGCAAGCAGAUGGGAAAAAGAUAGUUGACCCCGGCAAACAGAACUCGUUGGCAUUGCGCCUCAGGCUGGAACUAACUCGUCCUCUCAGAGUAGCUGCUGUGAGUAAGGGCCCUGAUACUGAGCUUCUAGUUGCAAACCCUGUGGAGUUAUCAGGCAAAGGACGACCCCUUGUUUUUUACGAUAUCACUCUUGCUCUCAAAAUGCUGGACACUCGCAUCUUUCUGGCUGAAAUUAGGAGGCACAUGAUUGGGGACAGAGAGUGGGAAGUGUAUAGAAUCUUGGUGGACGAAUGGGAGGGACAGCGUGUUGCAAGGAGCAAGAUUGAGGAAGGAGUUUGGAGAAUGUUGAUGGGUUGGGAGUGACGUGAUCCAUAGUGGUGGUUGCCUUUAGAUGAAACCUAUGCCUCUGUACAGUGUAACCUAGUUUGUCAUUUAGAUGUAAUUGUUAAAUGUGUUAUGAAAACGAUUAUGUUGGUCGCGUAAUCCUAACUUGGUGUAUAGAUAUGAGAAGGAAGCAGCAAGGAGUAGGUGCAGAUGGAAGAGAGUGAGAAUAUUUGCACGAGCGAGUACAUGAAGAUGAGAUAUUUUAAAGUCAUAAUCAUAUUUGAUAUUUCCAAUUUUUUGAUGUUCUGCCAGCUACUCGUAUUCGUGACUCUCUAAAUCCGUGGCAGUCCGUGACUAGAAUCACAUCAAUCGAACUUGUAUGCUUUGCAUGGGAAGUUGGCGGUUUUAUUUGGAACUUAAUUGGCCAGUUGUUCCCUUCACGAACGGCAGCGAGUGCAGAAGUAGCUUUCAGAAACAACUUAAUAUGUGGAUUGUAAUUACUUGUCCUAACGUCAAUUUGAUGGCCAUUUACACUUGACAGGGACGGCAGAUAUUUUUAUUAUAGUAUAAAAUGAACGCUGGCAGGACUCUUUAACUGUGUCUGAUCUUUUGGAGUUUUA